AUGUCCCACGAUGCUCAUAUCACCGCGCGCCAGUUAUGGGGCCAAUUGAGCACUGUGGCUCCCACAGCAACUUCGGCAUGGUGCACGCCUCUGAUCCUACCCAGUGGAGGCGUGCUCGUCUUUGGGAAUGACACAACCACUACUUUGAGCGCCCAAGUCACUUUCAAGCAGCCUUGCGACAAUCCUAACCAGAUCAUCAGCCCCGACACGACCGGCAACUCCUCUGUCAUUGGCUUCCAGAACCCUUUCUAUGCCUCCAUAUCUCCUCAAGUCUUUGCCCUAGCUACAGCCACGGUCAUUGGUUAUGUUCUCGUCAUCCUCAUCUUCAUCACGCCGAGGACGUUCUAUGUGGGCGGUCCCGGUGGCGGGGCUGGAUUCUUAGGUGGGCGAGGCGCCAUAAGAGGUUCGUAUGGGUCGUCGCCCAUUGUCGGUGUUGGUCGCAGGCCUCUUCUUCAAAAGAUUGCUACAGUGACGGUCGCCAUAUCUCUGACGAUCGCGACCGCGGAUACAUUUCGGGUGGCUGAAGAACAGUACAAUAAGGGCUACAUGGAUUCAUCACAAUUGGUCGAUGAUGUUGUAGACAGCCUCGAAAUUCGAAUCGUUCGCAUCAUCUCGGAUACGUUUUUGUGGCUAGCGCAGGUACAGACACUCAUUCGACUGUUUCCCCGACACAAGGAGAAAGUGGCUAUCAAAUGGCUUGGAUUCGUGAUGGUAUCGUUGGACACCAUUUUCAGCAUUCUCGACUCUUUCGUCAGUGGAAAUGGGAAUCCAAGGACCCGACCUCGCAAAUUCCAGGACGCCAUCCCGGCUCUCAAUUAUCUGUUCGAACUGGCCAUCUCACUCAUUUAUGCCUCGUGCGUAUUCUACUUUUGCUUGUCCAAGCGCCGCUUCGCCUUUUGGCAUCCGAAAAUGAAGAACAUUUGUCUGGUGGCUGUGUUGUCACUUGUGUCUGUGGUCAUUCCUGUGGUCUUCUUCGUCUUGGACGUCGCGCAGCCGAACCUGGCCGGCUGGGGAGAGUACAUUCGCUGGGUUGGUGCUGCAGCGGCGAGCGUUGUAGUUUGGGAGUGGGUGGAAAGGAUCGAGUCUCUGGAGCGUGAUGAGAGAAAAGAUGGUAUUCUUGGACGAGAGAUAUUUGACGGAGAUGAAAUGCUGAACAUGACACCGUCGGAGGAUGCGAACUGGCGAGGUCAAGAUGGUAACAAUGAUUCGGAUGGGCCUCACCAUAAAGGCAUGGCAGAAACUUUUGGGUCUCGAUACAGGCGCAUUCGUAGUCGUCUCCCUCUACGAAAGAGGCGGAAGGGUGCACCGCGAGACGGCAUCACCACAGGAUCCGAUGCCCUCGAUUCCAGCCACCGCAUGACAAACAAUGGCCAGGUGAUGCGACCAGAGCAAGUCGUUGCCCCUCCCAGCAGAAGCGAUACUGGAAGUGCGGCUAGCACUGUAUACGCCAUUCGGUACCACAAUCUGACCAGCCCUUCACCAAACUACCAACAAAAUCUCCACCAGGCUUUGCGAACGGUCGCUGAGCCCGCGGUUGCCAGAGUCAAUACCCGGCAAUCAGAUUCGGACUCGGUACGCAAUUCGGCGGACAAGGAGAUCGUUCUAGAGUCGGCUGUCCGCAAGGACGAGGCGAAUGCCCGACACAUUUGGCAGACAAUGCCUAACCCCUUUAAGCGAAGGAGAGCCGAACCACCAGCAGAGGUUGCUGAUGCCCAAAUCUCGAGUGGGAUACGACGGUCGCCAAUAGAUCGGCAUAUCAAUUUGAGGAGCCGACUAGAGGCGUUUGCAGCCGCUCAAAGGGAUCGUUUUGGCAAUCGAGGGAAUGCUUCUGUUGUACCUCUCCCUGUGACCGUUAUACCGGCCCCGAAGAAUAACGACAGAACGUGGUCGCCGGACGACAUAGUUGAUGAGGAGACACCAGACGAUGGUGCUGUUCAUAUGGCCAACCUGGGCACGUCGGAUCUCCAACAUCCUCAAUUCCAGCAGUCUUCUCGGCACCAAGAUGUUCAGCAUAUGGUUGUCAUUCCGGCUCCCUCCCCAGGCCGGACGUGGUCUCCUGACGAAAUGAACGCAACGCCAACUAUUGUCGAAGGAAGAACUCCGGGCAGGGUUAUUGGGGGUACUCCGACCAGUAGCCCUGCUAGCAAUGUCGUGCGAACGCAACGAGGUUCGCUCACGAUCAGUGAAUCUGAGAGAUAUGCGAACCGGCUUCCGCCGUCAGCUGAGCCUGCCUCCCCGAGAUCCCCAGUGCGCAUACCCACUGCUGCCAUUCAAUCUAUCGCAGAGAACAGUCCAGCUGAAGGAGAAACGGUCGCAGCGAUUUGGUUGGCCCCGCUCAGGGAAGAUCGCCAGCGCGAAGAAAACCCCACUGGCGCAGCUGGAGCGCUAACUAUGCCUCAGGGUCAAGGCUCCCAGGACUCGGAGGGCCUUACACCGUCUUUUGAUAACGGUGUAUCUACACCGAGACACGACAGUGGACCUCGGGCAGAAGAUGGGAGGAAUACCGGGGGCACAGAUAGCCACACACGAUAA